AUGGAGAGUUCUUUUGACGCAGUCGUCGUCGGGGCCGGCUGGUUCGGUCUCGCAGCCGCCAAGGCUUACUCACAACUACAUCCCACCGCAAACCUCGCCGUCCUAGAAGCUGCCGAAUCCUGCGGAGGAACAUGGUCCAAGAACCGCCUCUACCCCGGCUUGAAGUCGAACAAUAUGAUUGGGACCUACGAGUACCCAGACUUUCCCAUGUCGGAGGCUGCGUAUGGCGUCAAGCCCAACAACCACAUCCCGGGUGCGGUCCUCCACCGCUAUCUUACCGAUUUCGCCAAGCACUUUGGCUUCUUCGAACGUAUCCAGUUCAACACUGCUGUCACCUUGGUAGAGAGAAAUGGCAAGACAGGCUGGCGACUUUCUGUAGCCUCGCCUGCGGGGGAGCACAUUAUUCAAACUGAGAAGCUCAUCCUGGCAACAGGAUUGACUUCGACGCCGAACCUUCCUUCCUACAAAGGAUCCGAGACCUUUUCAGGCCCUCUCUUCCACGCAAAAGACUUCUGCAAGAAGGCUCCCGAGCUGAUACACGUCAAAAAUGCGGUUGUCGUCGGUGGAGCAAAGUCGGCCUUCGACGUCGCCUAUGCUCUAGUCCAAGACGGCGCGGAAGUCGACCUGAUCAUCCGCCCCAACGGCCACGGCCCCGUCUGGAUUGCCCCUCCCUUCGUCACGCCUUUCAAGAAGAGGUUGGACCAGUUGCUGAACAUACGCUGGAUGUCGUGGUUCAGUCCUUGCCCCUGGGGUGGUGAAGACGGCUACUCUAGCGUUCGUCAAUUUCUCCACGGAACCACCUUUGGGCGCUUCAUUGUCGAUUCGUUCUGGAAGGUACUGGGCGGCGAUGUCCUCUCCGCCAACGCAUACGAUUCUCACCCGGAACUUCAGAAGCUGAAACCCUGGCACUCGGCUUUCUGGAUCGGUAGCGGACUCAGUAUCUUAAACUACGAUGGCAACUUGUUCGACUUGGUCAAGGAGGGCAAUAUUCGGGUCCACAUUGACAACAUUGACCGGCUAGAAGGCAAGAAGGUCUUCCUGUCCUCUGGAGAGCAGCUCGAGACUGAAGCUAUCAUCUGCUCCACCGGUUGGAAGAAGGAGUCGACCAUUCAGUUUCCUGGUCUCAACGAGAAGCUCGGUCUUCCAUACUCGGCGACUGAAAAACGGACAUUGGAUCAAGACGCGGACGCCAAAGUUCUCUCACUCUACCCCCGGUUGAAGGACCAACCGAAACUGAGAUUUACCCCCCAAGAGGCGAACCCAUUGCGUUACUACCGCUUCAUGGUCCCUUCCACCAUGGUCGCUUCUCGGGACCUCGCCUUCGCUGGCAUGAUUUCAACAGUCAGCACUUCAGUCUGUGCCACGAUUCAAGGACAUUGGAUUGCCGCCUUCUUGUCUGGCCAGCUGGAUCGCCUGCCCACUUCUGACCACGAUAUCACAGACGAGAUCAUGCUGCACACGCAAUGGGGCAAAUGGCGCUACCCUUGUGGUUACGGUGCCAACCUUCCUGACUUUGUAUUCGAGGGUCUGCCUUACGUCAACAUGUUGAUGAAGGAUCUUGGAGUGGAAACACACCGCAAAUCUAGUUGGCUUCAGGAGCUCACUUCGCCGUACUUGCCGACUGACUUCCGCGGCCUAGUUGACGAGUGGAAACAGGGUCAUGGUGAUAAAAAGGCUAACAGUGAAACGGAAAUCGCCACGCACAAGGUUGUGACUUCAGGGACGGAUGAAUGA